UACAACAUUUCUCGAGUCGUCUGUAUACAUGUGUAAUUUCUAUUCGUGUAAAAUAAUAACUUACAAGUUGUCACUAAUACUAGCGACUGUUAGUGGUGACGAAACGGAUUUAAUAUUGGUAAAGAACCGGGGUUUUGGUGACGAACCGGGUCGGUGACGAAAUGAAUUGGUGACGAAAUGGGGUGUAUCUGUUGUAAUGGUGUAUAAGCGACGGAGAUCACUGAAGGAUACGCUCGCCAGUACGCGACGCAAAAUUAAAUAAACUAUUCUGUUCAUUACUGACCAGGAUGCCUUACUGCUGUGCUGACGACUGUAGAAAUGGUGAAGGAUCUGGGAGAAGUUUCUUUCGCUUCCCGAGAAAUCCUGAGCAGAGGAAGAUAUGGGAGAGUCGUGUAGGACGGGAAGGAUGGCGGUCGACCCUCACCACUGUGUUGUGUUCUGAUCAUUUUGUGAAGACUGACUAUGAGGUUGAUCCUGAUCUGCUGAGUAGUUUUUGUACUCGAAGACAACCAAGGCUGAAGAAAGAUGCUGUACCCUCCGUCUUUAUGUGCAACAAGGAGAUACCCACCAGCACACAGGUGGAGACAAAGGAAGCAGUUACAAUCAAACAAGAAAUAGACAUAAAGUUUGUGGAGGUGAAAGAAGAAAACUGCCACACUAGUGAAGAAGACCUACAGUUCACUCGUGUAGAGAGAGACCUCAUCGACAAUGACUCCCUGGUCUUUGUAGACGUUAAAGAAGAGAUCUUAGAACCCAUAGUGAAGCAGGAAGACUCGGAGGUUUUUGUCAUAGAUGGAUGUGCCGGUGAAGUCCCGGGGGACAGCUGCAUGAUUGAGGCAGACAAACACAAAAAACGUCUCUCUUGUUCUGAAUCUUUGUACCACACAGAGACCAUCACCUCGGAGUCCACAUUAAGAGACUGGCCAACUUUAACCGAGAUGACCAAUCAGAAGUUACAUGUGAUCAGCGCUGAUGAGGAGCGACGGUUGUUGGGACAGUUAGAACAUGAGGCAGAGUCAGGUCCCUUACCCCCACAUCUGAUUAGUUUACAUCACAUACUUUCUGUCAGGUGUUUGAAACCCAAACAAGCUGAAUUGGCUUCAUCUCCAAGCCUGCUUAAACCCACCAUAUGUGGUGUAAAAUCACUGCCCCUAACCAAGAAUGCACCUCCCCUUACCAAAAAAGAGAAAGAAUGUUUGAUUGAAAUUAUCAAGGAAUUUAAAGGGAUAAUUGAUAUCAAAUCAAGUGCCGCUAUAUUCAGAAAGACAGCAACUUGGAAGGACAUCGCCAUGCGCUUUAACACCUCCACAGGAAAUACCAAAUCAUCACGACAGGUCCGAAAAAUCUGGGAAGGCAUCCGUAAUAGAGCCAAGAAGAACUACUUCCGCAAGAAGCAAAAACAGGCUGAACCCAAUAAAGGACUAUUACCUGCUCUUAUGGAUCUAAAAAGCUCUGAAGUUCUGCCUCUGAUUGAGGAGGAGUUGGAGCUUCCAGCCAAUUCAAGGGACUGUGAUACAAGUCUUCAUGUUGAAGGCGGCCUACAAGAGUCUGGUAAUCAUGAAGUUGCCCUGCACAACUUGUCCCACCAUGCGAAGAUGCCCGAGAGUAGAGACUGUGAAAUGCUGCCCAUGCCAGAUAUUGGGGACAUACCACAUCAACCCAAAACAGCUGCUUUUCCGAAACGUAUGUUUGGGAAAACAUACCCAGUAUCAAGAGGCUUCCAGCCUUCAUGGUUUGAACGUUGGCCGUGGAUUCAUUAUGAUGAAACAUAUGACAAAGCAUUCUGCUAUGAGUGCAUUAAAGCAUACAAACAAAAUCUCAUUUCAAAAGCAGUAAUUGAACCUUCAUUUAUUGCUCGUGGUUUUUCAAACUGGAAGAAUGCUUCUUCAAAAAGAUCAGGGUUUCAGGGACAUGAGAGAUCCGAUUGCCACAAGGAAGCAAUGGGACUCGAGAUAAACAUAUCAAAAACAACAAAAGAUUGGGAUGAGAAUAAUAGAGAAAUGGCUAUUAAUAGAAAGAAUCUCCUUAAAAUUUUUUCAAAUAUGCAGUUUUUGGCCAGACAAGGUCUUGUUCCGUGGGGAGAUGGCGAUAUCGAUUCAAACUUCAACCAGCUCUGCCAGUUGCAUAGUGAAGAUGAUCCUCAGCUGUUGGCUUGGAUUACAGAAAAACUAGACAAAUGUACAGUUGCUGAAAUGAUGACUGAAAUAUUACAAGGAAUGAGCCUAAGAGUAUUAAGACAUAUAGCAGCCAGUGUACAAGACACAGAGUUCUUCAGCAUCCUGGCUGACAGAAUUACUGACCUCUCAAAUAAGGAACAUCUUGUUGUUUGUGUACGAUGGGUAGACAAUAAGCUUAAAGCUCACGAGGAAUUUAUUGGUUUCAAAGCUUUAGAAAAUCUUGAUGCCUUUACUAUGAAAACUGUAAUAAAGGAUCUCUUAUUACAAAUGAAUCUUUCCUUAGAGCAUGCCAGAGGGCAGUGUUAUGACGGCCACAGUCCAACAAUGGGAGAAAUGAAGAGUGUAGCUGAGCUAAUGAAGCAGUGUGAGCCCAGGUGCUUGUACUUUGACUGUUAUAACCACUCGUUGAAUCUGGCCAGUGUGGAAUGUAUCAUGAAGGUCAAAUUAAUAAAAGAAGCAUUAGAAACUACACAUGAAAUUACCAAGUUAAUAAAAAGAUCCACAAAGAAUGAUGCAAGACUUGAGAAAAUGAAAGAAGACAUGAAAGAAGACAGCAAGGAAUCUUCUGACUUAUAUAUGUUAUGUCCAAGACGAUGGACGGUCAGAGCGAAGGCACUAACUUGUGUCACAGAAAAUUAUUCUCUCCUAAAAGAGCUUUGGUCCUGGUCAUUGGACCACUGCACCGACACUCAGAUGAAAACAAUAAUCCGUGGCAUUUAUGCUCACAUGUUGCAGUUUGACUUUUUCUUUGGGCUUACUUUGGCUGAAUAUUUACUCCAACAUGCAGAUAGUCUGAGUACAACUCUUCAAAAGCAAAGUUUAUCAGCAGCUGAGGGACAAUCUGUUGCAGCACUGUCUAUAGCAACACUUACUAGUUUACAGACAGAGGAUAAAUUUGAGUUAUUUUGGGCUAAUGUCAGCGCAAAAGCAAAGGAAAAUUAUAUUGAGGAGCCAAAGUUACCACAACACACACACCAUUUUGAGGAUGAACAAGCAACCCCAAAGUACCAGGAUACACCAAAACGUCUCUACAGAGCAGUUUACAAUGAUGCCAUACACCUCUUAGUUUCUUGUGUCAUGGACAGACUUGAACGGUACGACUAUAAAAUAUAUAAGAGUUGCGAGCAGCUUCUUCUCAAAGCUGCGAGCGGAUUGGACUACACUGACGACUUUUGCUCAGUCACUAGUUUUUAUCUUUCAGAUUUUGUAGAAGAAGAUUUACAAACACAGCUAAGUACAUUGACCCACAACAUGUCACACUUGGGCGCUGUCACACUCUCUGUUGUGCUCACAUACCUGCGGUCACUGUCAUUAAGUCAGCAACAACAAAUAUCUCAGGUUAUAAAAUUAGCCAAAUUAAUUCUCAUAAUGCCAACAACAAAUGCAAUAAGUAAACACUCAUUCAGUUCCCGAAAACGCAUCAAAACCUUCCUGACUACAUCAUCGAGGAGCUGCUCCAACGAUCUCAUGGUGUUGUAUGUUCACAGAGAGAGAACCAGCAGUCUCAGCCUGAUUGAAGUUGGAAAUGAAUACAUCAGUAGAUCAGAAGACACUUUAAAUAUGUUUGGUAUAUUUGUACCUUCAGAUCUUGCAACCAUUAAAUUCACACCGAGGGAUAAAGCUGCAAGUGAUUGUGGUGUUAGAUGAGAAACUACAGUAAACCCUCGAUAACUCAGCACAUAUGGGGCUCUGGCCUUGCCGAGUUAUCCCAAAUUCUGACUUAACGAGGCACCCCCCCCCCUUCUACAAAAACACAACAAUAA